UUGUUCUUCUUCUACUUGUUCCCCCAACCAAAACCCUCGCGCCCCCGCCGCACCACCCGCGCAGCCGCACAGCGCAAAUCCCCCCCACCCCGCGCAAGGUUUCGAGAGGUCUCGUCGGAGAUGGAGGCGUUCGGCGGGUUCUUCGUGGACGAGAAGGCGGCGCGGGUGGAGAACAUCUUCCUCGAGUUCCUCAGGCGGUUCAAGGAGGCGGAUGCGGCGGAGGCGUUCUACGAGACGGAGCUGGAGGCGAUGCGGUCGCGGGAGUCCACCACCAUGUACGUCGACUUCGCCCACGUCAUGCGAUUCAACGACGUCCUCCAGAAGGCCAUCUCCGAGGAGUAUCUCAGGUUCGAGCCGUACCUCCGGAAUGCGUGCAAGAGGUUUGUGAUGGAGCAGAGGACUGGCGAGAACCGUGCACCAAUCAUCUCUGAUGAUAGCCCUAACAAGGACAUUAACAUUGCCUUCUACAACAUACCAAUGCUGAAGAGGUUGAGGGAGCUUGGAACAGCAGAGAUUGGUAAGCUCACGGCUGUAAUGGGGGUGGUUACACGGACAAGUGAGGUCCGGCCUGAGUUACUGCAAGGCACCUUCAAGUGCCUUGACUGUGGAAAUGUUGUAAAGAAUGUUGAGCAGCAGUUCAAGUAUACUGAGCCAAUAAUAUGUGUCAAUGCAACAUGCCAAAAUCGAUCAAAAUGGGCCCUUCUCCGACAAGAGAGCAAGUUCACAGAUUGGCAGCGGGUCAGGAUGCAGGAGACAUCAAAAGAAAUACCUGCUGGUUCACUACCACGCUCCCUGGAUGUCAUUCUGAGGCAUGAGAUUGUUGAGAAGGCUAGAGCUGGAGACACGGUCAUAUUUACUGGAACUGUUGUUGCUGUUCCUGAUGUUAUGGCUCUAACUUCACCUGGUGAGAGAGCAGAGUGUCGCCGGGAGGCUCCUCAGCGAAAGAAUGGGUCUGGUGUCCAAGAAGGUGUCAAGGGCUUGAAAUCACUAGGAGUACGAGAUCUGUCAUAUCGCCUUGCUUUUGUAGCAAACUCAGUGCAGGUGGCGGAUGGAAGGAGAGAAGUCGACAUCCGGGACAGGGACAUAGAUGGAGAUGACAGCGAAAGACAGAAGUUCACUGAAGAAGAGGAAGAUGAAGUUGUUAGGAUGAGGAACGUUCCUGAUUUUUUCAAUAAGAUAGUUGAUAGCAUAUGUCCCACUGUCUUUGGGCAUCAAGAAAUUAAGAGAGCAAUCCUUCUCAUGCUUUUGGGUGGUGUUCACAAGAUAACACAUGAAGGGAUAAACCUUAGAGGUGACAUCAAUGUCUGUAUUGUUGGUGAUCCAAGUUGUGCGAAGUCUCAGUUCUUAAAAUAUACCGCUGGUAUUGUUCCACGAUCUGUUUACACAUCAGGGAAGUCCUCAUCUGCUGCUGGUUUGACAGCAACUGUUGCUAAAGAACCAGAGACUGGCGAAUUUUGCAUUGAGGCAGGAGCACUCAUGUUAGCUGAUAAUGGCAUCUGCUGCAUUGAUGAAUUUGAUAAAAUGGACAUCAAAGAUCAGGUUGCUAUACAUGAAGCAAUGGAACAGCAAACCAUUAGCAUAACAAAAGCAGGAAUACAAGCAACUUUGAAUGCAAGGACUUCAAUUUUGGCAGCAGCAAAUCCCACAGGAGGGCGUUAUGACAAGUCAAAACCACUCAAGUAUAACGUGGCAUUGCCUCCAGCUAUUCUUUCAAGAUUUGAUCUGGUAUACAUAAUGAUCGAUGAGCCUGAUGAAAACACUGACUACCACAUUGCUCAUCACAUUGUGAGGGUCCAUCAGAAACGUGAAGAAGCACUUGCCCCUGCAUUUAGCACGGCAGAAUUGAAACGUUACAUUGCUUUUGCGAAGUCCUUGAAACCUCAGCUGAGUUCUGAAGCAAAGAAAGUUCUGGUUGAAUCAUAUGUUACCCUUCGUAGAGGAGAUAGUACCCCUGGUACUAGGGUUGCUUAUAGGAUGACAGUUAGGCAACUAGAGGCAUUAAUCAGGCUUUCAGAAGCUAUUGCCCGAAGUCAUUUGGAAAGAGUUGUUCUCCCAGCCCAUGUUCGCAUGGCAGUUAAAUUGCUCAAGACAUCCAUCAUCAGCGUGGAAUCAAGUGAAGUUGAUCUCUCUGAUUUCCAAGAUGCUGAUGAUGGCACAAAUGUACCAGCCGAUAAUGAUGCUGGUCAGCCAACAGAAAUGGAUGCUGCUCCUCAACAAGACGGUCCAGAAAAUGAGCAAGCGGCAGAUACUGGUAAGAAGAAGUUGGUUAUAACCGAAGAACAUUUCCAGAGAGUCACGCAAGCUUUAGUUAUGAGACUACGGCAGCAUGAAGAGUCUGUCACGAAAGAUGGAGAUGGUCUGGCUGGCAUGAAGCAAGGGGAUCUGAUAAUUUGGUAUGUUGAGCAGCAGAAUGCCCAAGGAGCCUAUAGUUCUACAGCAGAGGUGAAGGAAGAAGUGAAGUGCAUCAAGGCCAUCAUAGAGAGGUUAAUACAGAGGGAUGGCCAUCUCAUAGUGAUAGACGAAGGAGCAGCCCCAGCGGCUGACGACGGUGCUGCACGAAGAACAUCAGAGAGCAGAAUCCUGGCAGUUAAUCCGAACUAUGUCAUCGAUUAACCAUCUGAAUUAUGAUACGCAGCUAACACAAUCCAAUCGAUGUGGUUAACCGAUAGAACCAAGAGUAGAUUCUAGUGAGAACCCCUGGUGGGUUAUGCUAUGCACUAGACAUGUACCAUUUCCAACUGUGGUAGUCUUUGCAAUUGAGUAUAUGAUCUCUUGACAAAUUGUACAAUUAAUUCUUGGAAGCAAAGGUGUAGUCAGAGUUAUAGUUGAUGAUAACUAUAAUCGGUAGUGUGCCUGUGUACAUUUUCUUAGAGUUGGUUGAACUAUGUGAGGGCUUUGGAGUUUGGAGAAGCUUGAAUUUUCAAGUGCUUGCUGUGCUUCUAACGUGUAUCAUUCAGAUUCAGAUGAUUCGAGAAACGUACCUUUGGCUACA